GGAUGAUGCUUGCGGUUUGGAACUCGAGCCUGGAGCGGCAACCGGCCUUCGCAUGCGUAGGUAAACUUGCAAAAGGCUGUUGGCCUAAGUGGGCAUCUACUACUCAUGUACUCCUUCUAAAGAAACCCUGGAAGCAGGAUAUAUAUAUCAGGAUACCGGACUGUUUCUCUUUUUUUUUUCUCCAACUGAUUUUAAACCCUUUCGAUUCACCCAUAUUGAUGUGUAGUUGCUCAGUCAUUCUGAUACACAGAUUGAGUUCAGUCACCAUUGUACCUUCCUUUCAAACUUUCAACGCCUUCUUUUUUUAAAAAACCAGCACCUUUCUUACCCUUGAUUCUCACGAUCUUUCCCUAUAUCACUAGUGUUCUAUAUCCUUUUGAUAAAUUAUUGUUUCCUUGUUUCACAUCUUUAACCAUAUAAAUUGGGUAUUUUUUGGUACUCAUAACUUGCAAUCAUGUCGGGCAUCAUACCUUACCUUGGGGAGAUUUUCUCAAACGUCAACUAUCAUCGUCCUGAAUACAAAACCUCAUACUCAAGUUCAGAGAAAUCUUCAAGAGACUCCAGCAUGGAUUUAUCUCGGACGCACUCGAAAACUUCCAGCAAAUUCUCACAAGGCAUUCCGGAUGCUCUCACAUUUGACAAAAUUAUCAAUGGUGGAACAUGCCCUCCCAUGACCGUGAGAGAGUUCAUGAACUAUCUCGAAUUUAUUGAGCAUGCUCCAGAGAAUCUUCAGUUCUUCCUCUGGUUUCGAGAUUACACAACUCGUUUCGAGAAAUCGAGACCAUCCAAUCCCUUCUCAACUCCACCCGCAACAGCCUCCUCCGAACGCCAGGUUUCUGGUUCAUCUGAAUAUCACAAUGAUUCGGCGGUUGGUUUUGAUGAUGCUGCGGAUGAUAAGCGGCCAAUGACUACCCGUGCAAUCAAAGCCACAAUAAAUUCUCCUCCACAGGUCACGGCUCCUUGGGAGACAGGUUUCGAUAAAGAAGGGGGAUCCUUAAUGGAAGUUCGACCAGCAGCACAAGAUUCAUAUCGCUCGAUUGCCCAGCAAACAUUCAGUCGUGCUGGUAUUCAAAUUCCAGAUAUCAAUCUACCCUAUCGUGAUGAGAUUGAUCGAAUCAUCGCCAUAUAUAUUGCAGAUAAUGGCUCUCGUCAACUUAAUCUAUCCUCACGCCAAAGAACUACUCUUCUUGAGCGUCUCUCAACCACAACUCAUCCAUCUGCCUUCCAACCCAUUGUUGAAACCGUUGAAUCUAGCUUGAGACACCAAGCACACCCCAAUUUUAUCCGUUGGAGUAUUUGCAAUGGCAACAAACCACGUCAACUGUUUGCUAAGGGUCUUGGUGUCGCUCUUAUUUUUUUCGGAUUCCUGUACGCAAUUCUUACAACCCUCAGUAAUAUGUCCCGAGGAUGGCGUGCGUUUUCGGCAUUAUUCUGGGUCCUGGGCAUUUCUACAUUGUAUGCAGCAUUCAGGGGGAUGUGUGUUGUACUACAUGGUCUUCAUCAUCGUCAUCUUCGACCUUGGGAGUUAUGGGAGUCUGAGGACUGUGCCGUGUAUCUGGACGAUGCAUCUGGUAGCGGAAAGUAUGAAGAGUAUCCGUGGGUCAAGAAAUACGAAAAGAGAUUUGUUAUAAGGAAGAUUUUCGAUCGAGAGGUUUGGGUGCAGGAGCCGGCAUUGAGACAGAUACAGGAUAUAAUUUUCCUGCAAUCUUUGCUCAUCGGUACCGGUGUUGCUGUCGUCUUGACGGUGAUCUUCUUGGCUGUUCCAGGAGGUGGCCUUUUCCGAGCGAGAUAG